UGCUUUCGUUCAGUAAACACUCAAGGAACAGACAGGGAUUGAAAGACUAUUCUACGUGUGUAGACUGAUCGUCACUUAUCACUGCGACACAUCCUUGGAUGAGGAGUGAAGAGCCCCUCGCGUUAAUCCGUGGGUAGCUCUCCUAAUUGUUUUACAGGAGGGAGGGGCGAGACCAGCACCCGUCCCACUCUGUGCUAUGAUCACGUAAAGAAAACAAUUACAAUUACGGGAAUUAACUUAAUUAUGUGUACAGUUUGACAAUUUCCCAAUCUCCAGUAGGGACGGCCGUGGCCGGUCCCGUGUUCCAGUCCCGCUGAAAGCUGGCCACCUUUCUGUGAUUGUCUUGUGGCCAAAGAUCACGUCCGCGCUGCUCUCCACUUUGCCUUCUACUACACGUGUCAGCAAGCACCGGAGGACUUGCGCCUCUGCAAGCCUCACCUGAAAACAUCCUGUCUUCCCCCAUGUGGACCAAGGCUGACCAACCAGAUAUCCAGACAAUAACCCCACACACAGGCCGUUCAGACGUUAACAAACUAAAUGUGCGGCCAUUGUAGGCUCAACAUGUAAUAAAUAAGUAAUUAAAUAAAAAUUAAUUAUGGCCUGACUUCGGGAGGCAGCCGAGACCAGAACAAUACACGCGCCCCUUCCUCCCCCAACUUCCCGCUAGGCCACCAGAGUAGCCAUUGUCAGGACAGGUCACUUGGGAGUUGAGGUGGCAAAGUGCGCUGAGCUACAGCCUGCGCGGGUACCAACUUAAAGUGGUACCAGACUAACUUGGUAACCGGGGUGUUGGCUGUACGCUAUGGUCUGUUUCCACUAUAGUGUGGUGUGGUUAACUGGUGAGUUACAUGGUGCCUAAUGUCAUUUUGAGAUGCUUACAUUUUUUUUUUUCUUUUUUUUUACAUGACUUAGCAUGCGGCUACAAGCACUCGAUGUCUUUGAAAGUGUGGCCGUAAUCUGAUGUCAGAAUAAACAUGUGACAGAGGGAACCUACUUUCAGCAGCAGCAGCAGCAGCAGCAGCAGCAGCCAACGAAGCAGACAGACAGAGUAACACGAGCCAGUAAGUAAUGCCACUCAUCUUGUGUUUCAGACAAGCGUCCAUAACGAGACAUGCAAGGGCUAUUCUACAGCCACCGCACAUUCUGCUGGGUGUUGGCGGUGGCAGCAAGCAUGGCUGUGCUGGUGAUGGUGGUGGCCGCAGUGAUGAUAACAGUGGUGAACCCAUGGCUGCUCCUCAGCAAAGCUGACAGCGCCAGAGCAGGAGUGGGUCUACUACCGACGGGAACGCCCCUAGACGCUGACCUGCGGGCAGCCUUCCAGCUGGCAGCGCGGCGCAGCGGUGCAGGGGUGCCGCUGCUGGAGGGCACCACCGCGGAGACGGCCGAGGACGUGGUGGCGGCAUUCACGCAGCUGUGGGAGGCAGGCGUGAGAGUGUUCCUGGCAAGCGGCGGCGCCACGCACACGGAGGCCUUGUGUCGACACCUGCAGCAGGCAGGGAAGGAGGCGCUGCUCGUAUCGCUCACAGCCGACGCUGACACUCCCUCCUGCAGCAGCAGUAACGGCAGCAGCAGUCUGCUGGCAUCUCUCUCCCCGCCGCCCGCCGCGCUGAUGGCCGCGGAGGUGGCGGCGCUGGCAGAAGGCGGCGCUACCCACCUCGUGCCCGUGCUCAUGCAAUCGCAGGCGGGGAAGUCGCUCCUGCCGAGCCUCAGGGCGGUGGCGGCGGCCAGCAACGUGAGCCUGGCCGCGCCCGUCUACCUGGACACCGCGCGCCCCUCCGUCAUUCAGAUGAGCCGGGCGCUGGACGCAGCGCCUGGGGCCGCCGUCUGGCUGACGGCAGACCACCACCUACCGCACCUCAUGGCGCCGCUGAGGAACGCCCUCUACGGCCGCCUUGUCAUGUUACACGCCCAUCCCGCUCACCUUGCCGCCCUCCUUGCUCAUCCUACCGCCCGCGUCGUCGCCGAGACCUGUGGUGUCACCACAGUGCAGUGGGCGGGGCCCUCCAAUGUUAACAGCCUCGCCCACCGCCGCCUCAUGGCUGCCCUCACGCCCACGGACCCGCUGGCGGCCGCCCUAGCCUACCACGCGGCCACCCUGGCUAUCGAUGCCGCACUCCACGGCAGCGCCCGCACUGCGACGCAACUCAAGACUCGCCCACUGGAGGAGGCGAGCGGGUGGGGCGCUGAACCCGCCCAGGAACAGGAGGUCCGGCGGACAGAGGAGAUGGGCAGCGCCCCUGCCAGGCAACAAGCAGGGUGGGCAGCACGCCUCCGUCUAGUAAAGCAACACCUGGUGGAGACAAUGGUGAUGCAGGACUCGCCGUGGUUGCUGGAGGGCAUGACCUGGGUGCACGAAGGCGCUGACCCGUCCUCCUGGGUGGUGAGGGGGAGCUACGCCCCCGCUCGCCUGCUCACACGAGAGGAGAUGUGGCUGCUGGGGAAGCACGCGGGCUGUGGCUCCCUAGCCAGGGUGGAGGUGCGUGCCCACGACCCCCUCACCAACCGCCCUGUCCUUGUUGCCUGGCCAGUCCACGCCGUGCCGGAAGUGCUCCUCAUACCCAACUUCUCCCCGCGGGGCUUCAGUGUCAAGGCACACUGCCCGGGCCGUGCCAGGAGGGAGGUGGAGGUGGGGUGCCAGGGUGUCGCAACACUCAAUGAGUCUUCAAGUUGUUUGGUGGUGGAGUCCAGGGGAGGCAGGCAGCGGCGUGAUAUACACAACCAUAUUCCUUACCACAGCCUGCCCUCUCUCCCACCCAAAGAAAAGGAUACAAAUCCUUACAUCAUCAUAAGGAAGCUGAAAGGUCUCGUCAAACACCCUGAGUUCGAACAGUUUGUUCCCCAAAUUGGUGGUUGCAUUGGAAGCGCUGUCGGCUGCAGUAUUUGUUUUAUAUACACUAUGGCAGCCAGUAUGGCUACCCUGCCCAGUGUGUGCUAUGGGCCAUGUGCCGUGGGAGUCUCUGGCUCAUGCAUCGCACUAGUUGCAAGAGGCACUCAAUUCAAGUUGAGUACCACCGUCAUCUGCACGGAGCUGUUCACACAGGGCCAACUCUCCUGGGAUUCCUACAUUGCAGACGCCGCCUACGGAGCGCGCGUGGCAGCAACCAACCCCCAGGCGCUGCGAGGCUACCAGCUGAUGGCGGGCCCCCUGGUGGCUGCCAUGCAGGUUAGUCCGAGCCUCUCCAGCCUGGUGGAGGUGCUGGCACGGCCUUGGGUCAGGCACAUGGAGUUUGAGGAGGGCGUGGCAGAAGCUGACGACCCAGUCGGGCGCCUCAUGACUGCCCUGGGCCUGCCGCUGUGCUCAGCUGUGGGUCUGCUGCACCACCACAUCCUCACGGCAGCACUCGUCGCCCUGACGACCACCCUGACCUGGCGCGCCCUCAAGUGACUCUCACACACCUCAGGAUCACCAAAAAGACUUGCCUCACACCUGGGCCACUCCUG